GAGUCCUUCAGAAUCUUUUGGGCUCUUAGGAGUACUCUUCUGGAAUAGAUAUCUUGUAGAGCAGGGAGUUGAGUCUAAUGAUCGUGGGUUUGUGGCCAUGGAAAGCGAAUGAAGUUGCGCAGCUUUAGCAAGGAAAACUUUACGCACCGGCCUACAAACAGUUGCUUUGCCAAUAUGCUGUGUCUCCAACACUGUACAAAACAUUCUCAGUCACAAAAAACAGAGAGCGAUCGCGAUGCACAUCAUUUGGAGGGACAAAAAGUGUAUUUAAAAAAUCUUUUAUCUCAACUACCAUCAGCACCAAACUAAGUGACAACAUAGCUGACUGAGCUGCUAUGUAUUUAAACUUAUUCAUGUUAUCCUUGUUUUAAUGAUAUAUGUGUUUGAGAUGUCUGUAUGCCUAUCUGUCUUGUAGCUUAUGUCUGGUGAGCCAAAGAAAACAAAUCCACCAUUGUAUUGUAUUCUAUUCUGUUCUGAGGGCGAUCCACGAAUGCGUAACGUUAGAAAUGUAUGGAUGUAGUAGAAUGUUGUUCAAGUAGGUACAUUAAGGAUUCCGCUCGUUCAAAACUCAUUUGAAUUUAAAAGACAGGAUAUCGUGUCGUGGUCUUUCACCUCUCAUGGUGAAUAGCACGGAUGAUUUGUGCUUCUAAUCGGACCUUCCUCAAAAAUAAACGCCAUUGUCAAAGCAGCGACCUUGCGGUUCGCGCACCCGAACCUGAUAACCUGAACAAAACCUGCCCCUACUGACUUAUGGCUACAUAGCCUGACCCAGAGCCUCUAAUUGGGGGUUUCUGCACAGCAGAGUUCUAACCUGGUAGAGCCAGUCUGUCCACUCUCACCGGAUUCCACUUAGCAUGAGUGUUGUGUGUCAUGUGAGUUUCACUCCUUCCCUCAAUCAAAAAUAUCUAGGGUUACCUGUUCUACCAGCCUUGGCCCAACCCAGUUCACUCCAUUUAAAAGCAUGUUGUGGUGUUCAGUGGCGUCAUAGCUUCAAGGAAGAGUGUCAGAAGCAAACAGCAUGGCUUCCUCGUGGGCUCCAGAUGAAUUUGUUUGCUCAGUGUGUCUGGAAGUCUUGCGCGACCCCGCUACACUGCCUUGUGGACACACGUACUGCAUGCUCUGCAUCAAGAAGCAUUGGGACCAAGGGGCAUCCACAAACUGCUACAGUUGCCCCCAGUGCAGGAAAACGUUUAAUCCUCGACCAUCUCUAUCCAGGAGUACUGUGCUGGCUGAGGCCUUGGAGAAAUUAAAACUACGAUCACAGCAGCAAACUGAUCCUUCAUCUCCAGUCUAUGUCACUGUCUUACCAUCUUUGCCAACUUCUCAGGAUGGUUCUACAGCAGCUGAGAAAGGAUUGUACCCACAGCUUCCAGUGACUUCCCCUCGACUUUGCCCAGAGCACCAGCAACCACUGGACCUCUACUGCAGUGACGACAAAGUGUUUGUAUGUGAGGAUUGUGGACUGUAUACGCACAAGGGCCACCAGGUCGUCCGUCCACAUGAAGAGAGAAGAGAGAAACAGCAAGAGGUGGUUCAGAUGCAGGCAGAAAUUCUAAGGAGAAUUCAAGAGAAAGAGAAAGACCUUCAGGAUCUCCCAAAGGCUCUAGAGGUUUACCGGGACCAGAUGCAAGUGUUCCAGAAUGAGAUUAAGGAGACCAUUGUGGAGCUGGUGAAGAGUAUGGAGCUAUUGGGCUCUCAGGUGGAAGAGCUCGUUCUCCAGGCCCACGAAGCCUUUUCAGAGAGCAGAAAAGAUACCCACCUCAGUAGGCUGCAGCAGGAAGUGGCCCAGCUUCGCAAACAGGACCAGGAGCUGCGCUCCCUCUCCUGCACACCAGAUGACGUCAGGUUUCUGGAGGAGCUUAGAACCCUCUCUGCUCAAGGCCUGGCUGGAAGCGAAGAGGUUAUUGAUCCACAGUUUGAAGCAAUUAAGUCUGGAAUCAAAGCAAAACUGGGGAGAAUGACAGACAGGCUACAGGAUCUUAACAAAGACACACUGACUCAGAUAUUCAGAAUUGUUAAUGAUUCCAAUUCAGCACGUCGCAUGUCUAAUUGUCAAGAAGCAAGUGCAGGACCCAUUCACAUAAGUGCUGCCUCUGCUGAAGGUCCGCCACUUCCAUCACGGCCACCAGGAAUGGCCCGCUCUGCAACUGCGGCGACCCCAGGGCAUGCCAGAUCUGACGUCCCACCCCCGCUCCCAGAGAGACCUCCAGCCAUGAUGCGUGCUGCAACCUUACCUGUUCAAAGGCCUACAACCAACCUUCUGGCAAACCCAAAGCCCAAAACCAGAGAGGAGAUGCUGAAAUUUCGAUUUGAGCCCACGCUGGACCUGAACACAGCAUAUCGCCACAUCCGCAUCUCUGAUGGUGCUCGGAAGGCCACUCUACGGGCGGAGGUGGUGGAUGCGUCUGAGCACCCCGACCGCUUCCUUUACUGGAGGCAGGUGCUGUGCAGGGAACCCCUUGCCGGGAGUCCCUACUACUGGGAAGUGGAGUGGACAGGGCAUAAGGUGACCGUCGGUGUGACCUACAGAGAGCUGGAGCGGGCAGCCAACAAUAACCGCUCCAGGCUGGGCUAUAACCCUUUGUCCUGGGGCCUCUACUGGUCUGGCUCCGCCUUCUCCGUCUGGCACAAUGACAAGGCGACUCCCCUGGGAGGCCCCAAAGCACACAGGAUUGGCAUCUAUCUGGACCAGCAGGAGGGUGUGCUGGCCUUCUACAGGGUCUCCCAUGGAAAAGCAGAGCUCAUCCACAGUCUCUGGGAAAACUUCACCGGUCCGCUCUUCCCCGGAUUCAGGUUCUGGACUGGAGUUGGUGCCACGAUCAAAAUUUCUGAGCUGGAGUAAGGAUGUGGAACAUUGCAGUGCCAGUUCUGACUUGAAUGCCAGCCUGAUGUCCAGCGUAUGUUCCAGUAUACUGAUGAGGUCAUUUUUUUGUUGUAUUCUUCUAUUGUUUUAGUUUACUCUUUCCUCACCCUCUCAGUGGAAAAUGACUCUCUGCUUGUAUUUAUUGUUGCUGAUAAAUUUACGCACAGAAGUAGUUACUUGAAAAUUACCUUAGGCUUUGGUCUUUAGGAAUGCAUUUCCAUGUAGUUCUUCUGUCAAACACUCCCCCCUGGUGGAAUUAGAGAGAUGUACAUGUUUAAACCAUACUUGAAGUGAAUCUUUUGGGAAGAGGCCAUUUGUGGCCUUAUCCUCUGGAUAUGCUGGCCUUUCCUGUGAACUGGAAUAUAUGACUACUGAGUGUAUGAAUUAAUAUAGUUACUCAAAUGCUUAA